AGAGGUGCUGACAGCGUGUACAUCAGCACCCUUACAAGCAUAGCCGUCGAUCGGUUUCUGGUGAUUAUCUAUCCGUUCCAUCCGCGCAUGAAGAUUAAGAUGUGCUUCGCGAUCAUCGUGAGUAUCUGGGUGAUUGCGUUAUUACUUACCUUGCCGUAUGGGCUGUACAUGCAGUUAGAGGAGACGUAUAUCUCCUUCUGUGAAGAGAAUUGGCCGAGUGAACAAUUUCGUAAGAUCUUCAGUUCGCUCACUUCGAUACUGCAGUUUGUCGUGCCAUUC